AUGAAGGACUGGAUCGAAUUAGAAGAUAAUUCUGUUGAUGAAGCGACCGCUCGAAACGUGAUUCUUACUGAAAUCCUUCUCGUAGAAACUGAGAGAUGGACAUUCGAAACCCAACGUGCUCCGGCUGUUGCCUGUUUCCAAGGGCGUUCUGAGGGAGUCCUAGCCAGUGGAAGGAGAGAGUCGGGUGCUGUUGAGGUGCUGAUCGUUCGUGGGAAGGAACCAUCAAAUGAGGAGAGCGAUGUGAAGAACAAUCGCGUCGCUGAUGAGAGAUCGAGGCUCUGUUGA